AGAGGCUGCCGCUCCGUCUUUCGGACAGUCGUGACCCGAUUGAUGCUCGACCGUCACCUUCCUGGUAGGAAACGCUGAGAUCAGAGGGUCUGUGGCAGGCGGUGAAACCAAACCCAAGGUGAUUGGGUGCAGUGAUGACAGAGGAGUGAGGGAGUCGGUGACAAAGAGGGAGGGAGGAAGAGCCAAGUAGUUUGCUGAAGGUGCAGAUCUGACACCAGAUCAGAUCAUCGGGGAGGAGAGACACACGAGGUCGACCGAAAGAAAGAAGAGAAGACGGAGAAAGACAGAAAAGAAGUCUUCAGAAAUGGAAGAUUGGUUAUAGUAGUCGCCUGAUGUGGACCAGAUACCGCGGGGGGACACGAGACCAGCCGCAGGCCCCGAAAACUUCACCAAUCCUCCACCCUCCUCGCCGCCACACAACCAUCUCUGCAGUCGCCGCUUGUCGACAGGUGUCGAUGAAACAUGGCCUUGCUCCUCUUGGUUUUGGCGGCCGCCGUCUUCGUCUCCAUGGUCCUCCUGGCUGUCGUCUGCCUGCACUGCAGGAACAAAGGCCCGCUGGUCUCCAUCAGGCAAGGAAAUUCUACAGAGGAGUACAUGCCAUCCAAUCAAUUCAGAGUUAUCCAUCCAUCCCAGCCAAACCUUGACCUGAACCUCAGUCACUCUUCCUCCCACCUGCUGUCACCUUUCUCACCUUUAGUUGUUCCUGGAACUCAACGGAGACACACAUCCUUCACCCCGACAGAAAAUGAGAGUAUUCCAAGUUAUGAAAAUCCAGGAGAUGGACAUUACAUAAACGCAGAGAGUGACCCAGAAGACCCCGGAUACAUAAUCGUGUUGCCCGAAGGUGAGACUCAGAAUCAGAGCCGAGCCUCGACGCCCAGUUCAGACGUUCUACACGAUUAUGAGAACGUCCCAGAGAAGAAAGAGGACAGAGAGUACCUGAAUGUGGAUCCGCUGGGUCUUUCAAUAUCAACACCAGAAUUGUCGGCCCAAAGCGACAGCGAUGACGAAGACGACGAUGAUGACGAUGACGACGAUGAUGAUGAGGGGAACUACGUCAACGUGAGCGAAACGACGCAGGCUAUCUGACCUCUGACUGCCUGACCACAGUGAGCUAUUCAACUGCCAUCUACAUCUCUCUGCCUCCACCUUUAAACCUGCGACGGCGUUAAUUUAAAAGAGCUGAACGACUAAGAAAAGAAACUGAGAAUGAAGAACGACUCUGGGCGGAGAACAGGAACUCUUUGUUUCUGAAGGUUCAGCUGAGGCAGUUUGUCUGAUUUCUGAUCUGUGUUGUUACGGUUUUAGGUUUAUCAGGUUUCUUAAAGUGAUCUAAAAACAAUCCAGCAGGGCCCAGAUUCAGAAAACAGAUUUAAAAAGCCUUGUGUGUGCAUGUUUCUGUUUUAUAACUCAAGUGAAAUUAAGAACAUGAAGAUACAUUCCCAAUCUCACGUACAGAAAAUAACCUGUUAUAUAAAAUGAUCAACCCGUUGGACACAAAACAAAAGUAAUUUUUUAUUAAUAAAUAAUCCCGCUAUCUUGAGAAGACAAGUUGUUUUAUUCAGAUAAAUUAAUGUUUUAUCUCAAGAUAACAAAGCUCAAUUUCUUUAGAUAACGAAACAAUUAACUUGUGAUCUUGAGAUAACGUAAUAGCAAGCCCGUCUGUUCGGGGAAUCUGCCUUUUGUUUUCUUUGAACAAAUUAUUGAGAUGUGAUUCAAGAUAACAACAAUUGCAGCUGCAUCCGUGUGAGGAAUCUGCCUUUUUGUUUACUUGAUACCGAGAUAAAUAACUUCUUAUUGAAGAAGAAGCGUUCUUCAGAGCACAGCCUCUCAGCCUUUUGCUUUCUCCAGAUCAAUUAACGUCAUAUCUUGAGAUAAAAAUAAAUCGAGAAUUAAACAAAAUAAUUGCAUUCACGUCGGUUUGAGGAAUUAGCUCAUUGUUUUCUCAAGAAAACCAAAUAAUUUACUUUAAAUCUUGAGAUAACGACAUUAUUGAAAUAAUUGCACAGCUGUUUAUGUGAACAGGCUUUUGUUUUCUCAAGAUAAAUUAACUUAUUUUGAGAAAACAAAGCUCGUUUUCCAAGAAAACAAAAUAAUUAAUUCGUGAUCUGCAGAUAACGGAAUAAAAAAAAACCUGCUAACGCGCCUGUUCUCGGCUUCCGUAGUUUUCAUUUUAUAGACAACAACCGUCUUUCUACGACUAACUGUUCAGUUCUGCUACAUGAGCUAAAUGCUAACAUCAGAUCUCAAUCCAUUCAAAGUAGAAAAUAAUUUCUACUGCACACAUUUAGGUUUUCUUUAAUGUUUUUUUUGUAAAUUUGACCUCUGAACAUAAUUACUGAUGGAUAGAAUCACUGUGAGCACCCAGACAGACUGAACCUGAAACUCGGGGAACACUAAAUUAAAAUCCAGAAUAAUCGAACGGUUGUCGGCAGGCGAGCGGUCGACACUUCAUUCUCCUGUCAGGCUUCAGAAAAUGUCACCAAAAGUCCCUCGUUGGUUCAGAUUCUUCUGUAGUUUUUUCUGUUUUACCGGCUGUUAAUGUCUUCACUGGUAACCCUUUCCUCCACAGCGCCUCAUCACCAGAGGCGUUUCCAUGUUUGAGCUUUACUUCGAUUUUACUGACAACUCCUGAGAAUGUCUUUAAUUCACAAAUUGUUUUUUUUUCUACUGUAUUUAUGUGUUGUUACCGUGGUUACUGUUGUCUCUGGAUCUGUAAUCCACUUGUGUGAACUAGAAAUGUUUUUGUUUCUUUAACUACAAUUCAAUUAAAAUGUAACAAAAUGUUGAA